CUGAGCUAAUCUUCAUUUGGAGCUUUCUCUUUCAUGAGUAGAGUUGUGUCAAAUAAAUCUAUCGGUGUUCAACCAAACUAAACCAUCGAUUCAAGGAGGAGUGCUGGUGGUGCUUUUCUGGUUUCGGACACAUCAACUGGGAAGUGUACGCCACCUUUGACAUCUUGCAAGGUUUGAUAAAAGUAUGAGCGAUAUAGGCCUACAUUACAUGGUUGUCCUCCUAAUCUGGGCCCUCAGCCCUACGGUGGCAGAUCAGUCUGGUCUAGAGUUGACACGGACAGGAGGCAGAGACAGAAACAUGACACAGCGGGACAUCUCAUGCCGGGAAAACCUGGAGUACCCACAUGACAACAUCUGCUGUUUAAACUGCCUAGCUGGUACAUAUGUCAAAGCGUACUGCACACGUACCUUGGAGAGAGGAACAUGUGAGGCCUGUGACAUUGACACAUACACUGAACAUGACAACGGACUACGACAGUGCUUAAAGUGCACCGAGUGUCGCUCAGAUCAGGUGACUAUGAAGGCAUGCACCAUCACUCAGGACAGAGAGUGCCAGUGUAAACCAGGGUUAUUCUGUGCCCCUGACGAAGCCUGCGAGGUGUGCAAAAAGUGCUUACGAUGUAAAGAGAAUGAGGUGAGGGUGAAGAAUUGCACCACUACGUCCAACACGGUCUGUAAGACCAGAAUGCCCACAUCCAGCACCGUCUCAGCCGGUGUUAUUGUGAUUGUGGUGGCAGUACUGGGUAUCACUGCUGCAAUUGUCGGUGUCUAUUGGAAGAGGCGAAAGUGCUGUAAAAGGAGAGACUCCCAGAACACUCCCAGUGAGACGCUGAAGAUUGUGGUGGAUGAUCAAAACAACAGGUCAAUUGAGGAGAGGCAGAACAACCGAAGUGCUGUGUCGGAUUACACACGGCUCCAUCCCUUGCUGGAGGUGACCCAGGCGGUGGGUGCCAAAGCUUCCUCAGCCACUGAGGAUGAGGACAAUGGACUGGGCGACAGCCUCCACAACACCACCAACUCCUCCCAGUCCAGUUUGUCUGCACUACCCUCAGCCCCCUUCCCCAGAUACUCCCCGCUUUCCAGCCCUUCGGUCAAGAGGCAGCCUGACAAUGCGGCUAGGGAAGAUGUCCUUCUCAGAAAACUUGCUCCUUUGAAUGGUGACGAGUCCUUGAAGAAAUGUUUUGAACUUUUUGAAGAGCUGGACGUUUACUACCAUAACAGAUUCUUCAGGCACAUUGGACUCAGUGACAACGCUAUAAAAAGCGCUGCACACCUUCAUCCUGAAGACCGAGUCUAUGAACUGUUGAAAGUAUGGUUGGAAAAGGUGGGCAUGCAAGCUGACAUGAAUGACCUAAUCAAAGCCUUACUUUAUUUGGACCAAAAGUUAUCAGCAGAAAAUAUUAUUUCUAAAGCCAUUAAAAAUGGUUUUUUUGAAUAUGCAGUAAAUGAAUAUGCAGAAAAUAAAAAGUGAAUGUACACGUUACAGCCUUAUUCUAAAAUGGAUUACAUUUUUAAAAAUCCUCAUCAAUCUACACACAACCCCAUAAU